CUCGAUUCAUUGCCAGUAGUAGUAGCAUUGAAUUCGUCCGCGCUCGUCAACAGUAUUUUAUUUAUACAAAUACAAAUCUAUUUUUAUCGCAAAAUGUCUACAAUUAUAUGCCGUUUAAAACCGCGUUUUAAGAGAAUUGUUGGUGUUAGGGAAAGCAGUGUUUGGAGUCAGGAUAAAGUUGUGUCUUCGUGUUUUAAAGAUGUAGAUGUGCCGAAUUUGACUAUGGACCAAUUCCUGUUUAAGGAUUUGGAGAAAUGGGCCGGUAAGACUGCUACGAUAUGUGGACACACUGGUCGAGAGUACACCUUCGAACAAAUAUACAAGAAAUCAAGAAUAUUUGCGGCAAACUUAAGAAGAAAGUUCAAAGUUAAAGAUGGUGAUACUGUUGCUGUUUUAUUACCCAAUGCACCGGAGUAUCCCAUAGUUACGUUUGGAGUUCUAGCUGCUGGCGGUGUUGUUACAACUAUGAACCCUGUUUAUACGGCAUAUGAAAUACAAAGGCAGAUUCUCCUAUCAGAUACAUCCAUGAUCAUCACAAAUGUAGAUCUAGUGCCAACAGUGAAAGAAGCACUCACACUAGCAAAGAAAGAUUUUCCCAUAAUAGCUCUAAAUAUGAAUCAGAGUUUACCAGAGGGAACAAUAUCAUAUAAAGAAUUAGUUGAAGAUAAUAAUGUAGACUUAAGUGUACUGAAAGAAGUUAGAAGGAAUGCAGAGGACGUAGCAUUUUUGCCGUAUUCUAGUGGUACUACAGGACUCCCUAAAGGAGUGCAAUUAACUAAUAGAAAUGUUGUAGCUAAUUGUGUACAACAGAAUACUGAAUUGAGACAGUUCGAGGAUACUACUGAAUCACAUCAGGACAGCACUUUGGUAGUGCUACCAAUGUUCCACUCAUACGGGUUGUCAAUCUGUAUGCUGCACAAGCUGUCAGUAGGGGUGAAACUGGUGACGUUGCCGAAGUUCCAGCCAGAUAUGUUCCUGAACACGCUGUUGAAACAUAAGCUGCAUCUGAUGUAUUUGGCACCGCCUAUGGUAUUGUUCCUUGGAUCGUAUCCCGAAGUGACUGCGCAACAUCUGGAACAUGUCAGAAGUGUUACCUCAGGCGCUGCUCCUUUACCGUAUGCUGAUAUCCAAAGGCUUUUUGAAAAAGCUGAGCGAAAGAUUCAUUUCGGCCAAGGUUAUGGUAUGACAGAAGCAUCGCCAUUGGUUACCCUGUCGGCAAGGGGGACAAAAACAUAUGAAGAUGUUGGAUUCGCUCUACCAAAUGUGCAACUGAGGAUCGUCGAUGGAAACAUGAAGAAUCUGGGACCGGGCGAGGUUGGUGAACUUCUAGUAAAAGGCCCUAAUGUUAUGAAAGGGUACUUGAAGAAUCCUCAGGCAAAUAGUGAAGUGUUUGUAGGAGAAUGGCUGAGGACAGGAGACUUGGGCAAGAUUGAAGAAAACGGACUCUUGACCAUAGCUGAUAGACUCAAGGAACUCAUUAAGGUCAAAGGUUAUCAAGUUCCACCAGCAGAAUUGGAGAACGUUUUGAAAGAACAUUCCGCCAUAUUGGAUGCAGCUGUCAUUGGCGUCCCGGACUCAAGUGCAGGAGAGAGACCACGCGGUUUCGUAGUAUUAAAACCCGGGAAUAAAGUGACUGACAAAGAAAUUAUAGAAUUUGUCACCAAAAGAGUAGCCCCAUACAAGAGAAUAAGCGAAAUUACAUUUGUUAAUGAAAUCCCCAAAAAUCCGUCCGGAAAAAUACUGAGAAAAGCGUUGAAAGAUGAAUUUUGUAAAUAAAUAAUAUUUAAUAAUACAUUAAUUUUAAUGAAUUAAAUCAUAAAUUACUUUA